AUGGUUUUUGCUUCCUAUUGCUUCCUAUUCAUCGUGACCGUUCUCAUUUGUCCUCCGGUGUGUCUUACACCGUCAUAUCAAUGGUGGUACUCCGGUGAGGCCAUGUCUUCCUAUGAGAUGAAUGAGGAGCGCGGAACAGAGGAGAAACUCGUGACCGUAGUAAAGCUCUAUCUUUCAAACUGGCGGUAA